AUGAUCUCGGACGCGACGACUUCGACUCUCGCCCAGACAAUUCUGUCCGACUAUAGCACUUUCAUUAUUCCCGUCACGGUGACCGCUGGUCUCAAACAUCUCUCGGGCAAUGGUGAGGCUACCGCCGGCACCUCUGCGGGUAAGACCACCGCCACUUUGAUCCCGCCGACGACUGCUGCGACUCCGACAAACUCGGUUGGUAGCGCCACGUCCGCUGCCACAUCCGCGAACCCGGUCUCGAGUUCAAGCACAGGUGGCAUGCCGCAGAUCACUCAGAAUGCCGUCAUGGUGGGAGCCGCUGCUCUGGUUGGCGGCGCCAUGCUGCUGUAG